AUGGCGGAAACGGGGGAGGCGGACGCAGGCCAGGGCCCAUGGGGAACCCAAACCACAGUCGCCGGGCCUGGGGGCCCUCCCAGCCCUUUCAGGGACCAUAAAGCUCCAUAUAUACCCGACGACACCACAAAAGAGCCAUCAACUGCGCUCAGGAUGGGCUUCACGCAGAAUCAGCCCCAAGGGAACCCCUACGGGCUGCGGAGCCUCAAAACGGGGCCCCCGGGAACAAGUAGUGGGCGAAGACAGUCUAUUCUGUCGGACUCUGUGGGGGAAGAGGGCGACUAUUGGUGCCGGCGCUCCCCUAGGGGGCCCCGGGAGGCCGGGGUCAUCUUGGGGCCCCUGGGACUUGAAGACCCAACGCCGUCGGCUUCUGACAACGGGGAUGAAGUGGGAGAAGAAGAGGGGGGCCCCGUCGCUGCAGCCUACAGAGUGGCGGCCAAGCUGCGGCGGCUGUCGCUGCGGGCGCGGAGGCUGGCCCAGGAGGAGCUGGGGUCCCCCCGGAGGCUCUCUGGGUCCUCUCCCCGCAGUCCUGCUGCAGCUGAAUCCCGCAGCAGCUCAGCGGUGCCACACACAGAGACUUGGAGGGCCCUAGAGGUUCUGUCUCAGGCUCUAGAAGACCUCACGGAAGAUGCUGCGCUUGCUGCGACUCACUCCGACAGAUGGAAGUCAGCCGCCUCGAGGCAAAAGCGACAGCUUAACUCCGCUUUAGAAGAAAAUGAGCGAUUGCUUGCCGACAACCAAACUCUCUCAGAAGAGCUAAAGGCAGCGCAGCAAAGGUGUCUGAACAGCGAAGCCGAGUUACAGCAGCUCUCUAAGUACAAGAACUACCAAGCCAAGUUCUUUGCGUGCCAGAGCCAAGUGGCUCAGCUGCAGUUUGAAAUGGAAACGCUGCGACGGGGCUUCGAAGCCCUGGAAGCAGCGCAUGCAACGCAAGAAGAAGAACUCAAGAAAACAACGGAGACCGCAGCCCUUCUGCGGCAAAGACUGCGAGCUGCAUGCGAAGAGCUGGCGCAAACCAAGGAGGCUCUGUCUAGGCAGCUGGCUUCUUCCCAGCGUGUGCAGUCAGACACGUGCAGCUCCGCAGCGAACCCCCCUCCCCUGGAUCGGCCUGCAGCCGCUCAUCGAGGGCUGGGGUCUAUGCCGAGGAGCCCCGAGUCCACUUUGCGGUGGGGGAUCUCCCGGGGAUAUCCACCAUCGAGCGAAGGAAGUCACCGAAGAGACUGUGACGGCCCCCGCGUCUUCCGGGGGCAAACGUGGUGUGCAAGCGGGGGCCUGAGAGGGUCUUCUCUCAGGCAGACCCUGAGGGCCUCCUUGUCGCAAGACCAACAGCAGAAGCGGCAGCAGCAGCAGCAGCAGCAGCAGCGGCUGUCGCGACUCUCCUCAGACCUCACCCCACAAGCCCCAUCAGGCCCAGAAGAGUGGCACUUGAUGCGCUUUAUCCAGUCAGAGGGUGCCCGAAGCACUGGGGCGUCGGCCUCGAUUCGGCCAGCAGCAGUAGAAGCCCCUGCUGCUGCUGCUGCCAGGCCAGAGGCGCCGGCGCCCAGCACGGGGAGAUCUCUCUAUGAGGAGCUGGCGGCGAGUGUUGCAGCGGCCCCUGCCCGGCCUAAGGCCAAAGCCCCACGCAAGCACACAGAGGAGGAAACACUGGCAGCAGAUGCGCUUCAGCAGUUGCUAAGCAUCCUGGCCAAGUCCUCUAUUUCGCUUGACGAGCUCAGGGCUCACGGCGUCAGCUCAGCAAGCCUGCUGCAGGUCUCGCGGCUGCGAAAGAACCUGGAAACGCAGCAAAAGGACAAAACACCAAGUAGCAGUCUACAGCCCACAGAAGCAGCCCAAAGAGAGCCUGUGGGGCCACAUGUGGGGCCCCUUGCUGCAGCUUCCUGGAGCAAUUGGCUCCCCCCUGUGUCGUCGUGGCUUAGAGAGAGCUUGAGCUUUCUUCUGCGACCCUUGUCCGGCUGCCUAGGCAGUGAAAGAGUUCCUGCUGCCCGCAAUGACGGGCCACCUCAUAAGAUUAUGCCUCUCAGCUGCAGCUGCGUGCGGCUGGGGGCCCCAAUGGAGUGCACCUGCGCUUUGCUGAUUAUAAUGGCUGCUGUCGCCUCUGCUCUUUGGCUUCGCCUGGGUGACUGGAGUGUAGACUGA